AAGGGAAAUCCCCAGGCUCGGGUGGAGAAAAGUAUUUAAGAACAUCAGAAACCAUCACAGUUAAACUACCUUUUACCAAGUUCUCAUCAAAGCAGCUUUUUCUCAACUCGGAAAGGUCUCCACCCCCAAUUUUAUGGUCAAGAAUUCCAGCAUAUCCCCCUCUCUUCCCUGGAGGAUCAAGUAACUUCCUCAACAUGGCUGCAGAGAUCCACAUGCCAGACCCAGUGUGCCUCAUCGAGAACUUAGAUGAGGAACUGCAGGUUAAUCCAGAAGCGGUGAAGAUCCUGUCCACCAUUACACAGCCUCUGGUGGUGGUGGCCAUCGUGGGCCUCUACCGCACAGGCAAAUCCUACCUGAUGAACAGGCUGGCUGGGAGGACAAAGGGUUUCUCUGUUGGAGGCACGGUGCAGUCUCACACCAAGGGAAUCUGGAUGUGGUGUAUGCCUCAUCCUGAGAACCCAAAUCACACCCUGGUUCUGCUUGACACUGAGGGCCUGGGAGAUGUAGAGAAGGUGGACCACAACAAGGACACCCAGAUUUUUGCGCUGGCGAUCUUACUGUGCAGCACCUUCGUAUACAACACCAAGAACAAAGUAGACCAGGAGGCUAUCGAUCUACUCCACAAGGUGACAGAACUGACAGAUCUGCUCCAAACAAGAACCUCACCCAGCCUUGAUAAGGCUGAAGGUGCUGCUGACUUUGUGAGCUUCUUUCCAGACUUGGUGUGGACCCUGAGAGAUUUCUACCUAGAUCUGGAAGUAGAUGGGCGACUCAUCACAGUAGAUGAAUACCUGGAGAACUCCCUGAAAAUAAAGGAAGGUUGUGAUGAAAGAAUUCAAAAAUUCAAUUUGCCCCGUCAGUGUAUACAGAGGUUUUUUCCAGUAAGGAAGUGUUUUAUUUUUGACUUGCCUGCUCCUGGGAAGAAGCUUACCCGGCUUGAGACACUGCCUGAAAAUGAGCUCAAUCCUGAAUUUGUGCAACAGGUGGAAAAAUUCUGUUCCUAUGUCUGGUCUUCUGCAGUCAAGACUCUUCCAGGAGGCAUCAAGGUUGAUGGACCCUGUCUAGAGAACCUGGUGCUGACCUAUGUAAAUGCCAUCAACAGUGGGGACCUGCCCUGCAUGGAGAACGCAGUGCUGGUCAUGGCCGAGAAACAGAACUCGGCUGCAGUGCAGAAGGCCAUUGCCCACUAUGACCAGCAGAUGGGCCAGAGGGUGCAGCUGCCCACAGAAACCCUCCAGGAGCUGCUGGACCUGCACAGGGCCAGUGAGAAAGAGGCCACUGAAAUCUUCAUGAAGAAUGCUUUCAAGGAUGUGGACCAGAGUUUCCAGAAGGAACUAGAGACCCUACUAGAUGCAAGGCGGAUUGACAUUUGUAAUCGGAACUUGGAAGCGUCAUUGGAUCAUUGCUCAGCUCUACUUCAGGAUAUUUUUCGUCCUCUAGAAGAAGCAGUGAAGCAGGGAAUUUAUUCUAAACCAGGAGGUCAUAAUCUCUUCAUUCAAAAGACAGAAGAGCUGAAGGCAAUGUACUAUCAGACGCCCAAGAAAGGAGUACAGGCUGAGGAAGCUCUGCAGAAAUAUUUAAACUCCAAAGAGUCAAUAAGUGAUGCAAUUCUACAGACGGACCAGGCUCUCACAGCGAAGGAAAAAGAGAUGGAAGAGGCACGUGUGAAAGCAGAGGCUGCAAAAGCUGAAGCACGAAGGUUGGAGGAGAUUCAGAGGAGGAACCAGCAAAUGAUGGAGGAGAAGGAGAGACUCCAUCAGGAACAACUCAGACAAAUAGAAAUAAACGAGGCCAACCGGCGAGCAGCACAGGCAGAGCGACUAAGGGCCCUAGAGCGGGAACACCAGAAACAGGCUGAAGAACUCAAGAGAAAACUCGAAGAUGACAGAAGAAAACUGGAAAAUGAGCUAUUGAAUCUCCAGAGGACUGCUCACUCAAAUAAUGACCCAUGUAUCUUACUUUGAAGUAUUAAAGACAAGAGCUUUUUUUUCUAACUCCUUUUCACUAAAGACACAAAGAGAUGAGAACUUACAGGACUUGGGACAAUCAGCAUUGAAAUAAAGUUAAUAAUUUUUAUAUCAAAUUUUGUAUAAAGUUAUAAGGUCAUGAUGCUAAUAACCAGUAAAAUGUACAUCUCAGUCCAAUCGUUAAAAUAAUUGCUUCCUUAAGGAGAUUAUGAAUUGUAUACUAAUGGACAUUUUAUGACUGCCUUCAUUUAGGGGUGAUAUUGGGUUGAUUCCCUCAGGAGAAGCUUUCUCUUGCAUCCCAAUCCUGUCUGUCUAAUAUCUCUUGUUUGUCUGAGUAUCGAGUUAACCUAAGAGGUGUUAUCCUCAUGGGCUCAAUCAAAUGGAACUUGACCUUCAUCAAAUUUCCUGGUUUAUUCAGUACUGGGAACUCUGGUGGUAACUGAUCUAUGUGGACACCAUCAAUAGUAGAGUGAUGACUUGUUUGAAAAAGGUGGUGACAACUCUGGCCCAGUGUGAGAACUCAGUGGCUGUGCGGAAGGCAGCCAACCACUACAGCCUGCAGAUGAUCCCGUGAGUGA